GACUCAGACCUUUGUAGGCGGUCAAUAAAAUGUACGCGGACGUAUACAUUUAGUCUCUCUGUUAUAUAAUUAGAAAAUUUAGCGUUUCAUGAUUGACAUCAGCUUGUUUAAUAGCGUGUACCGAGGAAUUACAGUGAGAAACAAAGACAUAGAAAGAGAGAGAGAGAUUUUCAUUGUCGUAGGAGCGGUAGACGCGACUGAGCCUUAUCGCUCUUAGAGCGACGCAUCAAACGUAGCAGGUACCUAUUAUAAGGGAUUUAUAAAUAUUGCACGGGGAAAAUGGUGUACAUUAACGUCGCCGUUUGCCUGUCAGUUCUUCUGCUCGUGAUCGGAUUAUCCGUGGGACUGAGCGUGAACACCUUUAAAGGGCGAGAUGCUCUUGACUCGGCGCCUCUUAUCGAUGGCCACAACGAUUUGCCGUACAAUAUCUAUGGGAAGUUGAACAACCACUUAUCUGCCUUCUAUUUCGAAAGAGAUUUAUCCAACGACAAUUCCUGGGGAAAAGAUGCUUGUUCCUCGUGUUUUACCGAUCUGCCUCGCUUAACUAAGGGCAAAGUGGGUGGACAGUUCUGGGUAGCGUACGUAUCAUGUACGUCGCAAUACAAGGAUUCCCUACAGCUGACGAUGCGGCAGAUCGAUGUGAUCAGGCGAUUGAUUAAGCGAUAUCCGGACAAUCUGAAAUUGGUCACCGACGCGGACGACAUCGAGCCCACGUGGAGGAGUGGCAAAAUAGCGUCCAUGAUAGGCGUCGAGGGUGGUCACUCCCUCGACUCGAGCCUGGCGAUUCUGAGGCUCUACCAUGACCUCGGGGUUCGUUACGUUACCCUGACUCACACCUGCAACACACCGUGGGCCGAUGCAUCGACCGUGAACGAUGGAUACGUGUACAAUCUGACGGAAUUCGGACAGGCGGUGGUUUACGAGAUGAACAGAAUUGGAAUGUUGGUCGAUCUGUCUCACGUCUCUCACAACGUCAUGCGGGAGGUCCUGGCGGUAACGAGGGCUCCCGUCAUAUUCUCUCAUUCGUCCGCUUUUAGCGUUUGCAAUCACUACAGGAACGUUCCCGAUGAUGUCCUGCACUUAGUCAAAAAGAACAACGGCGUCGUUAUGGUGAACUUCUACAGUGACUUCGUGAACUGCAAUUCUUCGAGGAACGCGACAAUGGAGGAUGUCAUAAAACAUAUAAAUCACAUUCGAAAUCUUAUCGGACCGGACCACGUCGGUAUCGGUGGAGAUUACGAUGGUGUAAGCUCAAUGCCAGUGGGAUUGGAAGAUGUCUCCAAAUAUCCCGAUCUAUUCGAUCGUCUUUAUGAGAGCCGAGAGGGAGAGCCAACGUGGACUCGGGAGGAUUUGGAAAAAUUGGCUGGAAGGAACCUUAUUCGAGUUUUCCAAGCUACGGAAGCGGUGCGAGACUCAUUGUCGUCCGAAGCGCCUCAUGAAGAUACUAUAACCGGAGAUGAAUUAUAUAUCGCACAAAAGAAAGAAGGAUUGAAUCCAGGCUCGUGCCAAAGCGCAGUCGAAUGGGACACCGUAAACGCAACAGAUAUUGAUCGAUCUUUUACCUUCAGUGCUAUUGAAAGUAGCUCGAUGUAUCGAAGACUUGAGGUGGACGGAUGUUAAAACAGAGACUAUGUGGAAAAAUGUAUAAAAGAUAUGUGAUAUUUUAUUAACACAUAAUUAACAUUAAAAAGCAAAGUAUAAAAAUAUUGGAUAAUAUUAUGACGACAUCAUUUAGUCUCCUUCAUACUCGAUUGACUUCAAUAUAAAUACAAAAUAUUAUGAAAACUUGAAGUAGUAUAAAGAUAAUGUGCUAUUUUAGAAGAUUUCUAAUAAUGUUUUCUCAUAAAUUUUAAAACGAUCUUUACGAUUUUUCACGAGUCAAAUUAACAUUAACACGAUAUUGUAAACGAAAAUAAUAAAUAAAUUAUUUUUCUAAUAUAAUCUACGAAAUACAUUUAUCUUCGAACAAGA